AUGGAAGAUGGCUUCCAAACACAAAAACUGUUUUUAAAAGAGUAUUAUAUUUUCCAGAUUGGGCAUGCUUGUCCCUGCUCUGCUGCUGCUAGUCCCUCUUCACUGCCAUCACCCAUCACCCCUGCAGCAGCACCACAACAACAACUGGUUGCAAAUGAGCAGACCACUGCACCCUCUGGCCCAACAGCUGUCCCCACCAGCCUAGCCUCUGCUCCUCCUUACAUUUCCAUCGUCUCAGCCUCUCUUGCCACUACUCCAACUACAGGUCCCUCUGGGCCACCUGCCAUGACUCCUGCAGCACCACAGCAACAGCUGGCUGUGGAUGAGCGCAAUAUCCCAGGGAUGGACAGAGUGGACAGCCUGGCACAGUACUUGGUGGGACUGAGGAAUGAAACUGGACAAACACUUAACUCCCAGCAGGCCAGUACCGUCAUAGCUCUGUGGCAGAACCUUCUACCAUAUGACCAGCAGCGUGUGGCGUACUCUGCACGGCACCAGUCGCGUCUGACAACAGGACGCUUCAGGUGCUCUAAAAAGAAACCUGAAUUUACGCCAGGUGUGGAGAGCAUGACACGUUGCGUCCUAGGAUCUACAGGAUCCCCUGCCCAGUGGCCAGAUUGCUGUCGUCUGGUAGAGUGCAUUUUUGUAAAACUCUGUGACAUCCAUAAAAGUCCAAAAAAACAGGGUAAAUAUGCACUGACUAGAUGGACUCUAAUUCUCAGAGACUACAGCAAGAUCAGACAGCUGGUCCUGGGUAAUGGUGCAGUCAUGCAGAGCUCUACUCUGCAGUUGUUUGAUGUUAAUCAAACAACUCUUAUUCAGUGGCACAACAAGCGACUGAAGAGGCAGGAAUGUAAUAUUCUGCUGCAAGGGGUCAACUUGCCUGCCUCCAUUCCUGUUGCUCCUGUACCUCUCCCACCAGUACAGGUACGCCCCACUGCUGCACCACCACGGCCUGGCCCUCAACAUCACUACCACUUGCCUCAAAGUACAGCAGGACAAGCAGUGGACAAGAGGAAGACUGCAGCUCCGGCCCAACACACCCAUUCUCUGCAGUCUGCCUGCCCAAGGUUGCCAGCUCAGAGGCUAUUGUUCCCUCAGCAGACAUCUCCACCUACCCCUGCCCCUUUGCCUACUGUUUCCAGCCCCAGCCCUGCCAGUGGCCCACUUGUGUAUGUGUUUUUGGCCCCACAAGUCAAUGCAUACAAACGGAUUGCUCCUGCUGGCCCCCUUUCCUCCCCACCACCUGCCCGGAGGCCUUACAAUCGGAAAGUUGACAAAAAUAAAUGUAGUCAGUGCCAACAGCCGCGGAACAAAGAAAGUGGCCACAGCCAGUAUUAUGGGUGCAACACCUGA